UUCACCAUAAUAUGUGCUGCCCAGCGCCGGUCGCUGACCUCUGUUUUUGGCCUCGUCGUCUUCCGCGACGGCUUAGGGUAGGGCGGCCUACGGACGGACUAUGAGCGACGGGUUUCUCUACAAGCCGGAGUGGCAGGUGCUGCUCUGCACCCAGUGCGGGUUCUAUUUACGCCCCGGACGCAGCGUCUGGCUUCGACACCUCAGGCAGAAGCCGCACUGCCUGCGAGGUGCACCGUUGAAGGCUCUCGUCGAGCUCUUUGCAACCUACAGCCUGCUAGUCCCGGAGCAGGUAGCCGUACCGACCUAAGUAGUAGCUGGCCUACGGCUCUAGGAUGGCUUCUAGUGCCUAACGUGCUCGGCGGGCCUCACACAGAGCCUCCAGACCAUCCAGCUACACGUGUCCAAGGCGCACUAGUAGAAGCCUGUAUUA